UUCCCGUUGCCCUUAUUGAUUUUCAUAAGUUUUUCGUAACAUUGUUUCCUUCGAGCUUUGUUAAACUCCCUCCCCACCACGGGCCUGUUUAUCUUUCUUUCCUUUCCACUGUCUUUACUGUGCAGGUAAUCAUGUUGAUAGGCUUAUGUGGAGCCAUAUCUUCUGGGAAGCACGCCGUCGCAGAGUAUCUCAUUCAGAAAGAGGGAUUCCGGCUUCUAAAACUGAAAAACGGAGGCCCCCCUCGAAUAAGUGGCGAACCGGACGGCGCUCGUCAACUACAGGCGCUCGAGUCUGCAGAAAAUGAGAGUAGUUCGUCAUCGCAACUAGUAUUCGAGGAUUCUAAAUCUCUCUUAGACUUUGUAACCAAAAGAUGGCAAGAGCUUUGGGUCACGACAGAUAUUUGGGACAUUACAGUCUUGGAUCGUUUUCUCCAGCGCCCAUUCUUCCUUCUGGUGAGCGUUGACGCGCCGAUGAGCCUGAGAUGGAAGCGACUUACGGACAGAUGCCACAAGAGACUUCUCAAACCCCCUUCUUUGGAGGAAUUUGUGCUAUGGAACGAAAGGCAUCUUUACGAGAAAGGCGUCGGGCGCGCAUAUUUCACUGAUCGGGCACAAGUUCGGUUGUUUAACUCAUCCUCGUCUUUGGAAGAACUGCAUGCAGCUCUCAAGUCGCUCGGUCUUGCCAACGAACAGCGGCUACGUCCCAACUGGGAUCAAUAUUUCAUGGAGUUAGCAUCCCUGGCCGCCCAACGGAGUAAUUGCAUGAAGCGAAGGGUCGGGUGUGUGAUUGUUCGCGACCGCCGUGUCAUUAGUACAGGGUAUAAUGGAACGCCAAGGCACCUCGAGAAUUGCAAUGAAGGUGGCUGUCCAAGGUGCAACCGAGGUGAAGGUGGAGGUAUGGGGUUAUCAACUUGUCUCUGCCUUCAUGCUGAGGAGAAUGCGCUGUUAGAGGCUGGAAGAGAGCGCAUACGCGAAGGUGCAAUACUUUAUUGUGAUACCUGCCCUUGUUUGACAUGUACUGUCAAAAUAGCACAAGUGGGGAUAUCUGAAGUCGUAUAUUCACAAGGGUACAAUAUGGACAAGGAUAGCGCUGCCAUUCUGAAGGCUGCUGGUGUAAAACUCAGGCAAUUCUCUCCACCUCGAAAUGGGCUUAUUUACCUCGAAUGUUCUGAGAAUACCAAGUAGACUGCUGAUACCUGGAUACUUGUCUCAUUCGGAUUAUUGGAGCCGAGUCCGGACAGUCUCAGCGGUCAGGGAUGCUGAUUCGUCAUGGAAGCAGACAGUUCCAAAAAGAUGACUUUUGUAAGGAAUGUUUAGAUCGAUGGUUCAGCAACUCCUCCGGGGCUGCUAUCAUAUACUUGACUUAAUCAUAGUCACAUAUGGCCAACUACCUUUUGAC